AUGCAAAGCGGCGCCGGAGCCGGAGCCGCCCUGCCGGGAGCGGCGGGGCCGGGGCCAGCGGCUGGCUCCCGCUUCCACAGCUCUCGGCGGGAGAAGUACGGAAACGUCUUCAAGACCCACCUCCUGGGCCGGCCCGUGGUGCGGGUGACGGGUGCUGAGAACAUCCGCAAGAUCCUGCUGGGUGAGCACACGCUGGUCAGCACACAGUGGCCCCAAAGCACCCAGAUCAUCCUGGGCUCCCAUACUCUGCUCAGCUCCACUGGCGACCUGCACCGCCAGCGCCGCAAGAUCCUGGCCAGAGUCUUCAGCCGUGGCGCCCUUGAGAGCUACCUGCCGCGGAUCCAGAAGGUUGUGAGCUGGGAGCUGCGGGGCUGGUGCAUGGAGCCAGGCUCUAUCGCAGUUUAUUCCUCCGCUAAAACCUUAACUUUCCGCAUUGCAGCUCGGAUUCUGCUGGGGCUCCGCCUGGACGAAAAGCAGUUCAAGGAUCUGGCCAAAACUUUUGAACAGCUGGUGGAGAACCUCUUCUCCCUGCCCCUCAACCUACCCUUCAGUGGGCUGCGCAAGGGAAUCAAAGCACGAGACAUGCUACAUAAGUUUAUGGAGAAGGCUAUACAGGAAAAACUGCAGAGAAACAACCCAGAAGACCACAGUGAUGCUCUGGAUUUCAUAAUGAACGGUGCCAAGGAGCAUGGCAAAGAACUCACCAUGCAGGAGCUAAAGGAAUCAGCAAUUGAGCUCAUAUUUGCUGCCUUUUUCACCACGGCUAGUGCUAGCACAUCUCUGAUCCUCCUGCUAUUGAAGCAUCCCUCAGUGAUUGAAAAAAUAAGGCAGGAGCUGAUAUCCCAUGAGUUGUACCAGCAGAGUCAGUGCUGCCCUGCAGGACCCUGCCUGGACACCCUGACCAUCCAGACCAGGGAUAGAGAGAAACCACUUUCCCACUCUGUGGCCAAAGACGUUCUCAAGGACCAGAGCCAGCCCCUGGCCCCAGUGGAGGAAGAUUCCCUCCAGUCCAGUGCCCUGCUGGAGCCCACUGUCCCCCGGAGCAACUCCUGCACUGGCCCCCAGCUCCCGGCACCACCAAGGCAAAGCUGUCACUGCGCCUCAGAUAUCAGCCUGGAGAAGCUGAGCCGCCUGCGCUACCUGGACUGUGUGAUUAAGGAGGUGCUGAGGGUGCUGCCCCCGGUCUCCGGAGGCUACAGGACGGCACUGCAGACUUUUGAGCUCGAUGGUUACCAGAUCCCCAAAGGCUGGAGCGUCAUGUACAGCAUCCGUGACACACAUGAGACAGCUGCUGUCUACCAGAGCCCCCCCAGCAGCUUUGACCCAGACCGCUUCGGUGCCGGCCGGCCGGAGGCUGCAGGCCGCUUCCACUACAUCCCCUUCGGUGGAGGGGCACGGAGGUGCAUUGGAAAGGAGCUGGCACAGACCAUCCUCAAGCUGCUGGCCAUUGAGCUGGUCAGCACGGCCCGCUGGGAGCUGGCCACCCCUGGCUAUCCCACUAUGCAGACCGUGCCCAUCGUGCACCCUGUCGAUGAUGGGCUGCAGCUCUACUUCCACCCCUUGCAGCCCAGCCAAGGCCAUGAGGCCUGAGCCAGGGGUGCCCUGCUCCCCUCAGCCCUGGAACCAAUGUCCCUCCACAGCUGCCGGGAGCAGGUCUCUGCUGCCCCAGGCUGGCUAUGCUACUGGAUCACUGCUGAACAAAACCUUAAAGGUCUUUCUAUUUUUCCUCUCCUGGUGUACAGGCUGGUAGGGCGUGCAGGGUGCUGCAGCAGGGUAUCCCACUCCCGAGCACUGGGGCAAAACCUGGUGAAGCUGCUGACAGGGUGCAUAUGCCAUGGGGGCUCAGUCAGCCCCUGCCCCAUUUGGCCUCCCAGCUACCAGGGAUGGGGAGCAAAACUCCCAAACCCAUAGCUAAGACUCCCAGGGUUAUCUCCUGUAGGUGUGUUAUAGGAGAGGCAGGACAAACAUCCUGCACACUGUAGUUUUUAGAUGAUAAAAGAGAGAAGGUGGGGGGCUCUGCAGGAAAACACAAGCAAGAGUUGCCCAAUCCACAGCAUCAGCUCUAGCUAGAAUAAUAGGGUGUAAAGUGGUUUUUAUUGUAAAUAUUUAAUCUCAUUCAUGCACUUCCCAUUACAGCUGGCACAAAGAGGAUAUCUCUCAUUUACCCACUAGCAGUAGCUGUGUAUGUUGUGCUUGAGCACUGUGCUGCUGCUUGGGGUCUGUAAUGAAGCCCUCUCUGAGGUCCCCCCCAGGAUAUUCUCCCCAGCCACAGCCUGCCCAUGGGAUUGGACUGAAGCAGGGGAGGGGGCUCUGGGGGGCAAAUGUUUGGAAAACAGGCAUUUCUGAAUACAUCUGAUUUGUGGUAGAAAGUCCCUUGUUCUGAUGAUGCUGUUCACAUCACAGAGGGGACAUUUGCAAGGUGACACAGGCCCUGUGAUAGCUGGCUGGCUGGCCAGACUGACUGUCACCUCAUCAGCCCAGCUCUGCCAGGGAAAGUAUCAGGACAGCAGCUCCAUGCUGCUCCAGGCGGUGGUACCUGAGGCUAAAAGUGGGUGCUGAGGGCAUCCUUUUAGAUGGCUUUUGAGUACCUCCACAGGGUAUUUCUUUCCCAUGUAAAAUAAAAUUGAGUCCUGUUGUUUGUGUACUGAGAACAGAGCUGUGGUCCUUGAUCCAUGAUGACAUGUUACACAUUUCUUUCAGCUUCAUGUCUACUCCCCACUGUCACGCAUUCUGUGUGAAUGCAGUGGGAAAACAAUCAUCCUUGUCCCUCCAGAGCAUCCCAUACCUGUAGUGUCAUGUGCUCUGUGCGAAGAACCAGCUUGACCUGUGAGGGCCAAAACAUGGCAUGAAGACAGCGUCCCUUUGGAGAGGCUCUGGGGAGCUCUCCAGUCUCCUGAAACUCUUAUCAUCCUGCUUCAAUGCUAGAGAUGGCCUUGCCCUGGCCAAUCCCCCUUG